AUGGCGAAAGAUGCAAACAAAUCGGAGAAGGCCUCAGUCCGCCAACAUGAGGCGAGUGACGUUGAGACUCCGUCAACACCCAGCCUCAAUGUCGGGUAUUACAACGAAUGCAUAGAGGCGUUCACGCCCAAGGAACAGAGGAAAAUCAUCCAUAAGAUUGACAGACGACUCGUCAUUACGCUGGGCCUUCUGUACUCCGUGUCUCUCAUGGACCGUCUCAACUUGGGCGUUGCGAUGAUUUCAGGCAUGUCCGUCGAUUUGGAUCUGUAUGACACUCGCUACUCCGUCGUUGUGCUCCUGUUCUUUGUACCAUACGUGCUGUUUCAGCCGGUAGCAACUGUGGUGCUUCGCAAGAUAGGACCCCGGACAUUUCUAUCCGUCGCCACACUGCUCUGGGGCUUAACAACCAUCUCAUCUGGCUUUGUGAAGAAGUGGUCUGACCUGAUUCCUCUGCGGCUGAUUCUGGGAUUCUGUGAAGCUGGUUUCUUUCCAAGUUGCGCAUACCUUUUGAGCUGCUGGUAUCCCCGGUAUGACCUUCACAAGCGAAACGCGGUCUUCUACCUCAUUGGCAAGAUAGUCUCGGCCUUUGCCGGCAUUCUUGCCCUUGGUUUCUCACAACUAGAGGGUUCUGGUUCCGGGCCAAUCUGGUGGGGGCGCAUUCACAAAACGAAACAAGGCAACGGCAGCUACAUCAGCAAAAUUGCCGCAGGGAUCGCCGGCUGGCGCUGGAUCUUUAUCCUACAGGGCAUUCUCACCUGUGUGGUUGCGCUCGCUGCCUACAUAUUUGUGCUGGGGUUCCCGGAUGUUGCGAACGCAGCGUGCGGAUUCCGUCUUGAUAAGAAGGAGGCUGCCUUUGUGAUUGCUCGAAUCGAAUUAGACCGACAGGAUGCGUCACCAACGAAAUUCAAUUUGAAGAAAUAUCUCGCCGGAGCUCUGGAUCUCAAAAUCUGGGGCUUCGCUGCGAUAUUGGGCCUAAAUUCCGUCACCGCCACUGCCAUGGGGUACUUUCUUCCCAUCAUAUUGAAAGACGGCAUGGGCUUCAGUGUCGUUGCUUCUCAGUGCUUGACUGCACCGCCAUGCCUGGCCGCCGCUAUCAUCAUGUACGCCAUGGCACACUAUAGCGACAAGUGGCGUAUUCGGUCGCCAUUCAUCAUUUUCAACGGCUGCUGCCUGCUAAUAGGCCUCCCACUCCUCGGUUUCACAACUAGCCCUGCGGUUCGCUACAUCGGCGCCUUCAUUACCACCAUAGCAACCAUGUCCAACCUGCCGUGCGUUCUGACCUGGCAGGCAAACAAUAUCAGAGGCCAGUGGAAGCGAGCCCUUUGCUCUGCUACCUUGGUUGGCAGCGGGGGCAUAGGUGGCAUUGUUGGAUCCCUCGUGUUCCGAACUCGAGAUGCGCCGACGUACAGAUUGGGGGUGAGUGUCGCCCUCGGGGCUAGCGCUCUUACUAUUGUUGUUACUCUGCUGCUUGUUCUUAAGUUUAUGCGUUGCAAUAGAAGAGCGGCUGCGGGGGGAAAGUUGAUUGCAGGUCUGGAGGGCUUUCGGUAUACCCUCUAG